ACCGAUUGAGCAUCGCGAAGCCAAGGGUGUUUUGACCGAGGCGAGGCGCCACCCCCCACCCCUGACGACCGUGGCCUCGGCCUUGUUCCCAUUCCUCAUCGGGUUUGCAGCAGGCUGCCGCCGCUCCUUUUCUUCUUUGACCUUGGUAUUCCCGGUAUCGUUGCAAUGGCCGUCGAACCGAUCAAGAUCGCUGUCAUUGGUGAUGGCGGUGUCGGCAAGAGUGCUUGCACCAUCCGCUUCGUCAAAAACCAGUUUCACGAGCAAUACGACCCUACAAUAGAACAAACCUACUCGACAACGGUGGAAACAGAAGAAUUUGGCUCCUUGCCAGUGGAAAUUAUCGACACAGCCGGCCAAGAUGACUAUGAAAACUUCCGAUCCGUGAGCAUCAGCUACGGCCAGGCCUUCCUGCUCGUGUUUGCCAUCACCUCCCACAAAACCUUUGAGAAGAUGGAGAGUAUGCUAGUUGAGGCCAAGGAGGAUGCACCAAAAAUUGUGAUUGGUAACAAAUCGGAUUUGAGUGCAGACCGAAAGGUAUCUGUGGCAGAGGUCGAGGCGUGGUGCAAGGAACGUGGCUUCAAGUACUUUGAAACUUCUGCCAAGAACAAUAUCAACGUUCGUGAGGCUUUUGUCGACCUCGUCCAACAAGCCGCCAAGAAGCGACAGCACACUCGCACCGGUGCCAAGGGCUCUGGGGCAGCGGCUACAGGGGGUAAUGGCUGA